AUGGAAGAACGCGUUCAAAACCUCAAACAGCUUCGGAAGAACCAGACCAGCAACCGCACAUGCCUCCUCGCGUCAGACACAGCCGUUGUUCCUUCGAACGCUCCAGAAGAAAUUUCCACGCAAUACAUCGGGCCCCAGGAGCAACCCAGCUUCUACUCCAAACCAUCCGAGGUUCUCCGAUGUACUUGA